GUCAUCACUGUCAACUUUUCAGCAAUCAGCAGUGCGCCGCCGCACCUCCCGCCGACCGCCGCGACCAGCAGCAGCCAACCAGUCCAGAUAAUGGAUGAUAAAGUUAUACCGGAGCUUACGGUAGAUGAUAAAAUUGUAGCAGAGGUUACAAUCCCGGAAAAUGUUGCCAAAGAAUUAUUACUUGUGUCAAACUCAUCUUCUUUAGAAACGGCAUUCGAGAAGCUGAUAGAACUUGCCAAGGAGGAGGGUGGACGGUUAGAUCUGUCGUCCAAGAAUGUUGUCACCACUGUCCUCCAUCUCUGCCAGUCUCUGUCAUCUAACUCUUACCGUCAGCUGCUUUUAUCGUCUCUUAAGGUACUUAGAAAUCUGUGUGCUGGGGAAAUAAGAAAUCAGAAUGAGUUUCUUCAACAAAGAGGAGUUGAAAUUGUUGUGGAUGUUAUUACAUCUGUAGGACUUACUCCUGAUCCUGAUUGUAUGAUUAUUCGAGUUGGGCUGCAACUUCUAGGAAACUACUCAGUGGGUGGGGGAGAACGUCAAUGUGACGUGUGGUACCAAUUGUUUCCUCAUAAGUUCUUGAAGAUUGCUAGAGUUAGAAGCCGGGAAAUAUGUGAUCCUUUAUGUAUGGUCAUUUACACUUGCUGUGAUGGUACGGAUGGACUGCUAACAGAUUUAUGUUCAGAACAAGGGUUUCCCAUUCUGAUAGAAAUUUUGCGGACUGCAUCAGCUGUUGAUCUUAAAGAAGUUUGGUUAAAGUUGUUACUCUCAAAACUUUGCAUUGAGGGCUCUUACAUCUCAUCAAUUUUCUUCAAAUUACAUUCAUUUCCUUCCAUUCAGAACAAUGGUGUUGUUACACAUGCAACUGAUCAAUUUGUUAUUGAGCAGCCUUAUCUGUUGAGUAUACUUUCAGAAAUCGUGAAUGACCAAAUAGAGCAUAUUGUUGUUUCUCAUGAUUUUGCUCUAAGUAUCUUUGGGAUAUUGAAGAGUGCUUUUGUGGUCGUUGACUUUUCAAUAAGAGGGAAAAGUGAUCUUCCGGUGGGGUUUGCUCCUAUUGAUGUUCUAGGAUACUCUCUCACCAUCUUGAGAGAUAUUUGCGCUUCUGAUCACAUGACAAGCUCUAAGGAAGAAAGUUCAAAGGAUGUCGUGGACGUACUUGUUUCCUCUGGGCUUAUUGAAUUUCUUUUGAACUUGCUUCGGGAUCUUGAACCUCCAACGACAAUUAGGAAAGCAAUGAAGCAGGAUCAGAUAACGGAGGGGAUAAUAUCUUCUUCAUUUAGGUGUUGUCCAUACCAAGGUUUCCGGAGAGAUAUUGUUUCCAUCAUUGGGAAUUGUGCUUAUAGGCGAAGGUACGUCCAAGAUGAGAUUAGGGAUAAAAAUGGGAUCCUUUUACUGCUACAACAGUGUGUUAUAGAUGAAGAUAAUCCUUUCUUAAGGGAGUGGGGAAUCUGGUGUGUGCGAAACCUAUUGGAAGGGAAUGCAGAAAACCAAGGGGCUAUUACUGAUUUGGAGCUUCAAGGAACUGUAGAUGUUCCAGAACUUGCUAGACUUGGGCUUCGAGUAGAAGUUGAUCCCGUAACUCGACGCACAAAGCUUGUGAAUGCCUCAUGAUAUGUCAAGAUAUGAAAGUAAAAGUUGCCACUUCUGGAGUUGACAAACUGAUUGUUCAGGAGACUUGUUUUUUGGUUUGCUUAAGAUUGAUUGACAUGUUCAGGGAUGUCCAUAAGAGGCUAGAGGUAAGACUCAAGAAGUGCACUUCCUGCCUUUUACACCUGUCAACAAGCGCACAACUAUUACUUACAUAGACUCUAUGGCAAUUGACAUAGGGCUAGCAAAUGUGACUUGAAAAGCUUACUUCAAAUUUAGAUCUUGCAAGUCAAAAUCCCUUUUGUCAAUUGCCCCUCUCAUUAGUAACAGCAAAAAAAUUUCCCAAGAUAACGCAAUCCCUACCUGAACCUGAAACAGAAGAUGACACAAGAAAACCUCAAGCUUCUCUUUAAUGGCAAAUACUAAAAAGUUCCCUCCUUUCUUCUUUGUUCUCUUCUGUUGCUACUUCAUCUCCACAUCAAGUUCAAAUUUUGUACUAGAGAUAAAAAUGCAGCAAGACAAAAAUGAGCCAUAUGUGGGAGUGGACAUAGGUCAGAUGUUUCCAAUUUGCUUUCACCUGCAGACUUGGUUGCUUUUUUGCAAUUACAGAAGAUAACACACAUAAGGCUUUAUGAUGCUGACCGUGAUAUACUCAAAGCACUAGCUAAGACCAAAAUCAGGUAGUGGUGGAGGUGGUGGUGGAGGAGGUGGCGGACAAGGACGAGGUAGAAAUACUAAUGAUGAGAAUGGUGGUGGUUCUGGUUAUGAUGAAGGAGAAGGCAGUACUGGAUAUGGUGGCAAUUAUAGUAAUAAAAUGGUGGCAUUGGAAUGUGAUUUUGUAUGGGUAUGGGAUUUAGUUUUGGCAUAGGAACAGUAAGUGAAAAUUCUGGUCCUGUUGAUGAAGCUAGCAAGAAUGGUGAAAGACAACCUUAAAGUCUCUCAGUGCCAACUUUGCUCAACCUUAAAGCCAUGUAAAUUGUAUUUGUUUUUUAUUUCCUGCUCUAGUAUUAUUAAAGACAAUAAUUCGGAUAAGAUCACUGAAACAGAGAGAUUCAUGAGUCACAAUUGUAUUGUACAAUGCCACAAUGAGCAAAAGUAUGCUGUCUUUGCAUAUUCAUUUCAAUAAAAGGAACUU